UCGCCUCCAAUCAGCAGAGAGAUAAGAGCCCUCGGUACAAGUGUGCAGGCAGUUUGGCAGCUGGGGCUGCCGAUUUAAUAGGUGAAUCUACAGGAACAACACUUGAAAAUCCCCUGGCUAGUGAACCAUUAAGGUGAGCCCUGCCUUCCGUCCCCGCGUCCCUCCCCGCGCCGCUCUCCCGUUGCUGGGUGCUAAAGCAAACCCCAGCUCUGUUUACCGAGUCUACUAUUACAAUACAGCUACCAAAUAUUUGCCAGCCGUCAGCUCGCUGCUCCGCUAUAAAUACUUCAGGCCCAGGUGGAGGGACAGCGAGGGGGAGCGGCGCGGGAGCCUAUGCAUGGCCGGGCAGCAGCACCAAGGGUGAGUCCAGGCCCCGGGCUGCCCCUGCGCGCUGACAUGGCCGCGGGCGUCAUCCGGCCGCUGGCCGGGCUGCGGCUGCCCUCACCCUUCCCACACGGCCUGCUGCUGCCCGCACGCCCCGAACCCGACUUCCCCGACCUCUCUGAGGAGGAGGAAGAGGACGACGAAGAAGAGGGAGAUGAAGAGGAGGCAGCAGAGGACAGCACCAGCUGCAGCGGGCUGGAGCUGGCCGGCCCAAACGCUGCUGAGACCACCCUGCGGCUCCUCCGGUUUUCGGAGCUCAUCAGCUGUGACAUCCAGCGAUACUUUGGACGGCGGGGCCAGGAGGAGCCCGCCGGCGGCCGCGGCAUACCCGAGGACUGCAGCUCGCCCCGGCACGCCACCCACGAGCCGGGCGCCGCCAGCCUGCCGUGCGCAGCACGGGGCAGCCAGCCCCAGCCCGAGGCAGUGAUGGCACGGGGCGGCCCCGGGGCCUCGCACAGGCUGGGGCCGCUGGCCGAGCUCUUUGAGUACGGCGUGCACCGCUGCCUGCCGCCCCGCGCGGCUGCUGGCAAGACGCAGCGGCUGGAGAGGAAAUACGGCCACAUCACCCCCAUGCACAGGAGGAAGCUGCCGCCUUCCUUCUGGAGGGAGCCGGGCCCUGGCCCUGCCGGCCUCCUCCACGCCGGCACCCCCGACUUCAGCGACCUCCUGGCCAACUGGACGGUGGAGCCGGGGCCGGAGCUGCCGGGCGCUGGGCGGGAGCUGCUUCCUGAGCCGGGCCGCCUGGGGCUGGAUGCUGAGCCCUUUGUCGGGCUCUGAGCCCACCGCGGCCCGGGGGCCCUGGCCCCGCCACGUGCCACCCAGUUAAUGAUCAAACCACAGCCCCGCUGCCAGCGCUGGGGCAGCUGGAGCCGCUGGGUCGGAGCUGGCGCUGGGACAAGUGAAUAAAUGACUGCCGCUAGGCACGAGUGCGCACCGUGUCCUUCGCCACCCGCCGCUGCAGCAGGGGCAUCCCUGCCUCUGCUGACAAAGGGCUCUGUGCCCCUCCAGGAGCAGGAGGAGGGAAGCGCGGUGGCUGGAGGAGCCAGCAGCCCGUGUUUGCUCUGCGGGCCCAACUCAGUGGAUCCCAUCCCCUUAUCUGAGCUGCGCCGGGGCAAAGGGCAGCACAGGGCCUCAUAAAGCACCCGGCUGCCAUCCGGGGAAGCCGCUGCCUGCCCAGGCAGCAGGGACCUGCCACCACCACGCUGCUGGGUGUCAGAUGCAGGCGGGAGGACAGGGCCACACCGCGGCACAGCCAGCCCUUCCCUGCGGCCUCCUGGCUGCCGCCAGAGCCCGGCGCUGUUACCAGGGCCCGGCAGAGGCAUCCCUGUCUUUGUGGUGGCUCUUUGUCAGGCAUAAAAAGGGAAAAGCACCCAGGAAGGGGCAACCUUGAAGAGCCCAGGCCUGCUAGGGACCUCUGGCUCCCAGCACUCCCCCUCAUACAGC